UGGUUCCUAGUCGGAUUCAUUUCCACUGUGCCACGACGGGAACACCUCCUGGACUUCAUUUUCAAGAGGACCUGAACCCAGACCUUUAGGGGUAAAUGAGUGACACGUGUUUGGUAACAGCAUGAAACUCUUCGGCAGCACCAUGAUGGCCAAACAGCUAGGUGGGAGAAAGUGUGUUGUGGGGACACAGGGCUGUCCUGGGGAGGAAGUCUGGUGCCGCGUCCUGACCCAGAGCCGCAUGUGCAGAGACGAGGGAGCACAACUGUUUCAUGACCUGUGUCAACUAGGUCUGUCUGAAGACUUGGCAGGUCUGAUCCUGCCACUGCUCCUGCACAGUCUCGGGAUUCGCUGUCGGUUCCCUGGGACCGUGUACCGCUCGUCUGAGGAAGGUUGAAGGUGCUCUUCUCGCGAGACCACCUGCGCUUGUUUCUGCAGGGCACUGGGUCACCUCCGUCCUGGGACCCAUCAGGGAUCAAACCUGCAUCACAGCAGUGGCAGGGCUAGACCCUUAACCUGCUAAGCCACCAAAGAACUCCCCAUCUUACUUCUUAGAGCUUUGCGACUCUACCACCUGAAGCUUCUGGAAGAUUUCAGGAGGCAAAAAUGGAGACAGCUUCCCCCCCUCGUCUGAGUACACCCGGCGGUGUCGGCUGGAACAGCCCGGGCCCUGGCCAUGGGCCACUGUCGCCUCUGCCACGGGAAGUUCUCCUCCCGGAGUCUGCGCAGCAUCUCCGGCAGGGCACCUGGGGAGAGCUCCGAGAGACCACCCCCUGGGGAGCGAGUUUUCGUCAGGGAUUUCCAGCGUCUGCUGGGGGUGGCCGUCCUCCAGGACCCAGCUCUGUCUCAGUUUGUCUGCAAGAACUGCCUCGCCCAGUUCUACCAGUGCCACGGGCUCCUCACGUGCUUUCUGCAGAGAGUCAACGUCUCCCCGACGGGCCACCGGAAGCCUGGCGCAAAGGUCGGUGUCCAGCCGUUGCCAGGCGAGGAGGGAGCCUGUGUGGUGGACCUGAUCACUUCGAGCGCCCAGGGCCUGCGUGGCCUGGUGGGGUGGGUGCACGGACACGCGGCCAGCUGCGGGGCCCUGCCCAGUCUGCAGAGCACGCUGCCCUCCGAGUACUGUGGCGUCGUCCAGGCCGUGUGGGGCUGCGGCCAGGGCCACGGCUACACCAUGGACGCCGGCUCCCGCUGCGGGGCCCUCUUGCUGGACGGCGCUUUGGGAGUCAGGUGGACGUGGGACAAGGAGAAGGCCCCGUGGCUCAGCCAGCACCGGGGGGCCAGCUCCACGGGCGCCGCCCCUCAGAGCUCCCAGGGCAGAGUGACGGCGGCCGGGACCAAGAUGCCGCCCACCAUGGACACAGCCCGGCCUCCUUCAGACGGCGACCCUGUGGGGCCUGGCCCGGGCCCCCCGCCUGAGCCGAGCCUCCCCCCAAGUGGGGCCCCAGGGCACUUGGGUGAGAAGCAGGUUCCGUCUCCAACCUCGGAUGAUCGGGUAAAAGACGAGUUCAGUGACCUUUCUGAGGGAGGCUUCCUGAGCGAAGACGAUGACGACAGGAAGCAGAGCACCCACUCCUCGGACGAGUCCUUUGAGCCGCUCCCAGAAAAGAGGGGCUCUGGUAGAAAGACUGAAAGCAGAGAAGCCAAGAAGCUGGAAGAGCCAAAACUUCGAAAGAAACCCGGGCCCAAGCCGGGCUGGAAGAGCAAGCCUCGCUGUGAGAGGGAGGAGCUGCCCACCAUCUACAAGUGCCCCCACCAGGGCUGCACGGCCGUGUACCGGGGCGCCGACGGCAUGAAGAAGCACGUGAAGGAGCAUCACGAGGAGGUGCGGGAGCGGCCCUGCCCGCACCCCGGCUGCAACAAGGUGUUCAUGGUGGACCGCUACCUGCAGCGCCACGUGAAGCUCAUCCACACAGAGGUGCGGAACUACAUCUGCGAUGAGUGUGGACAGACCUUUAAGCAGCGGAAGCACCUCCUGGUCCAUCAGAUGCGCCACUCGGGAGCCAAGCCUCUGCAGUGUGAAGUCUGUGGGUUCCAGUGCCGGCAGCGGGCGUCGCUGAAAUACCACAUGACCAAGCACAAGGCCGAGACCGAGCUGGACUUCGCCUGUGACCAGUGCGGCCGGCGGUUCGAGAAGGCCCACAACCUCAAUGUGCACAUGUCCAUGGUGCACCCGCUGACGCAGAGCCAGGACAAGGCCGCGGCCCCGGAGCCCCUGCCGGGGGCCGAGGGGCGUCCGGCCGUGAAGCCCGAGCCCACCUGAGGGCGCGCCAGCCCGGACGGAGCUCAGCAGGUGCGAGAGGGGGUCCGGCCCCGACGGCACGGCUUUGCUCUCCCAAGAGCCCCACCCGUGGGCCGGGUGGCCGCGGCUCCGUGCCUGGCCCGUGUGGCCUUCUGGCUCUGGGCCCCGCAGUUCACUUUCCUGUCCACACUGAGUGCCUCGAGGCCGGCGCAGAUUUUAAAUAAUUGAUUCCGCUUCCUCACUAAAGCAACUGAGUUUGUAAUCCACUUUCCAGGGCGACUAGAGCUCUGUUACACUUGUAAUAAAUUAUUUACAGAGGA